AUGGAGCGGGGCAGAGCUGCCGCGGCCACCGGGCCCGCCGUCACGCUCGCCAUCGUGCUCUCGUGCACUGGGGCCUGGGCCGCCGCCGCCAACAGCUGUCCAGAGGUGCAGGUGGUGGGGCUGGAGGGCUCCGACAAGCUCAGCAUCCUCCGAGACUGCCCGGGGCUGCCCGGGGCCGCGGGGCCCAAGGGAGACGCCGGGGUCAAUGGAGAGAGAGCACCUCGGACCUGCAAGGAGCUGCUCACGAGGGGGCACUUUCUGAGCGGCUGGUACGCCGUCUACCUGCCCGACUGCAGGCCCCUGAGCACGCUGUGUGACAUGGACACGGACGGCGGGGGCUGGACCGUGAGUGUCGGAACCGGAGACCGCCCAGCGGUGCACGGGGGAACCAACGAGCUCCGUGUAGACCUCAUGGACUUGGAGGGUAACCGCCAAUUUGCCAAGUACAGCUCGUUCAAGAUGGCGGGCGAGGCCGAGAAGUACAGGCUGGUCCUGGGGGCCUUCGCUGGGGGCAGCGAUUCCCUGUCAAACCACAACAACCUCGCCUUCUCCACCAAAGACCAGGACAAUGACUCCGUUCCAGAAAAGUGUGCUGAGCGCCACAGUGGGGCCUGGUGGUAUUAUCAGUGUCACCUGUCGAACCUCAACGGUCUCUACCUCCGGGGGUCUCACGAGACCUUUGCAAACGGCAUCAACUGGAAGUCGGGGAAAGGCUACAACUACAGCGACAAGGUGUCAGAGAUGAAGGUGCGGCCCGUCUAG